GACAAGAUGCACGCGGAACGGUGUCCGAUAUACUGCGUUGGAGUAACCAUACUAAUCUCUGUUUGGCAUUCCUGCAGGUAUCAAAUGAUACCUCUAAGGUGCUUGAAUGGUUCGUCAGCCUCACGGCGGCCACGCAAGUUAUCAAUUAUGCUAUCGUGACAUUUACAUAUCUGAGAUUUACUAUGCCUUGGAGGCUCAGGGAAUAUCCCGAAGCAGCCUACCAUUCCGUAGUAUCCUUCAACCAUUCUGCGGCUACUACGCCUUCGGGUUCACCCUCAUAAUGCCGUUCAUACUGGGUUAUUCGGUCUUCAUGCCAGGAAAUUGGGACACGACCACGUUCUUCUUUUCUUAUACUAUCAUCGGUGUUCUUCCUAUAUUAUUCAUCGUCUUGGAAGGCCCUACAUCGUACUCGGCUCAUUCGACCGAAAGAAGUUACUUUCUUCGAGGAGGAAAGGAAAAUCAUAGAUGACUAUGAGCGUCCUUUGUUAACGCAGAAAGCAGAAUGGACGCGUUUAAGAAGUGGGUGAUUGGGUGAGCUGCGAGAUUAUUCAUGAGCUAUCGUAUUGCAGAUGUCAUCUUGUCCUACAACUAUAAUUGAAUGGCGGAGAGCCGCUUCCGUGGAAUCUGAAUUGGAA